AUGGGCGCGCAGCAGUCGACUGGCGCCGCUGGCGAUGCGAACGGCGAGGGCAUCCAGGUCAAGACCAGCUACUACGAGCUGCUCGGCGUUGAGCGCACGGCAACAGACGAGGAGAUCAAGAAGGCCUACCGCAGAAAAGCCCUCGAACUCCACCCCGACCGCAACUAUGGCGACGUCGAACGCACCACUGCCCUCUUCGCUGACGUCUCCACCGCCUACGAAGUCCUCUCCGACCCCCAAGAGCGCGCCUGGUACGAUGCGCACGAGGGCGACAUACUGCGGGGAGGCGAUGGUGGGGGUAGCGGCGGCGACCACUACGAGUACAACAUGAAAGUCACCACCGCCGAGGACAUCUCGCGCAUGAUGGGCAAGUUCAGAUCGAACAUCGACUUCACAGACUCACCGACCGGCUUCUUUGGCUUCGUGCGUGAGACCUUCGACCAGCUGGCGCGCGAGGAGGAGCGCGCAGGAGACUACGAGGGCGUCCAAGUAAACGACUACCCCUCCUUCGGCCACCAGCACGACACAUAUGAGAGCGGAGGCGUGGUGCGGAACUUCUACAACGUGUGGGGUGGCUUUGCGACGGUCAAGUCGUUCGCAUCGCUGGACCUGUACCGCACCUCUGACGCGCCCGACCGCCGCGUGCGUCGCCUCAUGGAGAAGGAGAACCAGAAGCUCCGCGAGCGGGGUAUACGAGAGUUCAAUGUCGCGGUACAGACACUGGUAGCCUUUGUGCGAAAACGAGAUCCGCGGUACACACCGAAUAUGCAGACAGAAGAGCAAAAGGCCAAAGCGCAACGUGAUGCGAGAAAGCAGCAACAGGCGCGGGCGCGUGCUGCGAACGCGGCGAAGAUACAGGACGAGGCAGACGCCGUGCCCGAAUGGGCACAAGUGCGGGACCCAGAGGAACUGCUCGAAGAGUCAGAAGAGGAGAUUGAGGAAGAGCACUUCGAGUGUGUAGCUUGUCGCAAGACGUUCAAAAGCGAGCGCCAAUGGGAAGCCCAUGAGAAGAGCAAAAAGCAUCAAAAAGCCAUCUACGCGCUGAAAAAGAAGAUGCAGAAGGACAACGAGUUUCUCAACCUGGAUGAGGACGUUCCCAGCAGCGGGGCCAUCACGCCAGCCGAAGGAGAGGACGAUUUUGACCAUGUAGAAGCCGCGGAAGACCUUAAUUACGAGGAGGUUACGAACGCGAGAUCGGACGAUUCGGAUCUAGACACCCCAGCCUCGCAUCUCGGCGACAAGCUCCAAAGCGUGAAGCUUGAGGAUGAACGCACAGACGACAAUAAACCACCUGACUCGGACCCCUCACCACGUCCCGCCUCCCAACGCUCAGGCGAAUCUGACGACUCGCGGUCGCAGGACUCAGACGACGAAGACGAAUACGCCUCCCGCUCCGACAUCGAAGCCCGCCUCGCCUCUUACCGCAUAUCGACAGACACGCCCGCCACUUCGGUAACAGACGGACUUUCAGAAGCUCCCCACGCGGAUCGGCCAGACGAAAAAACAGAGCCUUUACAAAAGAAACUCGGCGCAGCGGCGUUGAAGCGCGCGAAGAAGGCGGCGAAGCAGGCGGAGGGUGGUUCUGAUUCUCCUGAUCUCCCACACAAGUGUGUGCGGUGUAAAGCUGGAUUUCCGAGCAAGACAAAGCUCUUUGAUCACAUCAAGGAAACGAACCAUGCUGCGCCUGUAAGCGUAACCAAGGGCGCGGGUGGGAAAAAGGGAAAGAAGCGGUAG